AUGGCUGGUCUUAAUUUCGCUUUGGUUUGCUCUUUCCGUGCGCAGACAGCAAGGUCCUUCGUCAUUGACUAUGAAAGUAACUGCUUCCGGAAAGACGGCGAGCCCUUCCAAAUCGUGGCCGGUUCUAUUCAUUCUUUCCGGAUUCUUCCGGAGCAGUGGGAGGAGAGGCUGGCGACUAUGAGGGCGGCUGGACUUAAUGCCAUACAGACCUACAUCGAGUGGAGCAGUCACGAGCCCGAGGAAGGCCGCUUCGACUUCGAGGGGCAGCAGAACAUUGUUCGUUUCUUGAAGCUGGCCCAAAAGGACCUGCUCGUUCUCCUGAGGCCAGGCCCUUAUAUCGACGCCGAGAGGGACAUGGGCGGUCUCCCGUACUGGCUGCUGUCAGUGAACGCGUCCAUUGGACUCCGUACAAGCGAUGCGCAGUUCAUCGAGUACGUGGACCGAUACUUCUCCACGCUGCUUCCGCUACUGCGACCUCUUGUGUAUUCGAACGGAGGACCGAUCGUGGCCGUACAGGUGGAGAACGAGUACGGCAGCUACCACGUCUGUGAUACAGCGUACAUGGUGCAUCUGAGAGACCUGUUGCGGCGCUACUUGGGUCACGACGUCGUGCUCUACACCGUCGACAAUGCCAUCGACAAAAUGCUUCAAUGUGGAAAAGUAGACGGCGCUCACGCCACGGUUGAUUUCGGCACAGGUGGGUCUUCGGCUCUAUCGUUCAUGAUGCAGCGUCUCCACCAGGAGCGGGGUCCGCUUCUAAACGCCGAGUUCUACACGGGCUGGCUCGAUCACUGGGCGCAACCGCACCACGUGAUCAACACGAGUGCCGUGGCGCGUCACUUGGACAAGAUGCUCGGCAUGAACGCUUCAGUCAGCAUGUAUAUGUUUCACGGAGGCACGUCGUUUGGAUUCAAGUCGGGUGCGAACGAAGAUUGUGGCUAUGAGCCGACGCCCACGAGCUAUGACUAUGACGCGCCCAUGACGGAAGCCGGUGACCCAACGGACAAGUUUGUAGUUAUCCGCGCAGUCAUCUCAAAGCACCUUUCUUUGCCGUCAGUACCUGUGCCCAGACCCAAGACGAAGAUGGCACUGCCGCCAAUAGAACUAAAGCACAUGUUCGGCCUCAGCGAGCUGCGAGAAAUGUACGCGCACGUCACAACCACAUCGGAAAUCCCUCUGUCAUUUGAACGAAUCAGACAAACGUACCAGGGCCUGCUUUCACGCAUGGACGACGUGUACGAGACGAUGAUCUCUGUGACCAGAGGCCAGAGGCUGACGGUGCUGGUCGAAAGCCAGGGCAGGAACGCUUUCGGCAAUCUCAACGAUGUCAAGGGCAUUACAUCCAACGUAACGCUGUCCGGCGUCGUGCUGACUCACUGGAACAUGACACCGAUCGAUGACCGCGAGCAUCUCAAAAAGCAGGGAGAAUUUUUUGGAAAGGCCGCUCAGGUGGCGUCAAAGUCACGACCAGUGCCAACGGCAGGCUUCGGAGUCUACAAAGCCGAGUUCGCAUUGUUGUUGCAGCCUCCGCUGGACAGCUUUCUCAGACUGGACAAUUGGAGAAAGGGCAGCGCCUACCUCAACGGUUUCAACCUGGGUCGCUACUGGACUCCUAUGGGCCCGCAGAAGGCCCUCUACGUUCCUUCGGUAUUAUUCAAGCCCAAAAAUAUUCUCAACGUCGUCGAGCUUGAGCAGGCGCCGUGUGGGGACGAUUCCAAUCUUUGCACCGCGCGAUUCGUGGACACGCCGGAAAUCAACAGUGCUGUGCCGAUGCACCUCACCGCUUACAAUUGCACCCCAUAAGCAGCUCCAUAGCGAAUUACUAAGGUGGCACGGUCACUGCACGUACUUAUUACGGGUGCCGUCUACUAUGAUAAAUGUUUUUACCAGUGCAAUGUAUUUUCGUGAAAACCAUUGGAAAAUGUUGUAAUUUAAAAUAUAGAUUGCGGUAAUGAUGUGAAAUUAAAUUCGAGAUUUAGUUGCUCUAAACUGCAUGGCUCUAGAA